AUACGAAAAAAAAAUGAAAAAAUAAAACCGAAAAUGAAAAUUUUAGCACGCGAAAUGAAGACAUUGAACUAAAGACAGCAGCUGAGAUACUGAGAAAUGGAUGCUCUUGACGACAUUGAUUGGAAUGUGCAAUAAAAACCAAACACAAUAAUACAAUAUACUAUUAUAUAGAGAAUUUAAAAAAGUUAAAAGCCGUUUAGCAGACGUACAUAAAAAAUAAGCUGACAGCCGACUCCAAGCUUAAAGUUACACGAACUUACAGUAAGAUGCAAACAAUUGUGGCUUAGAACUUAUCUGCCUAUAUAAACAGUUGUAGGGCAAAUAAUUGUUGAUUAUCGCACAUACGCCGCGUAGUGCAAAGUUUCGUUAAGAAGCGAUCAAUUAAAACUAACAACUAAAAACUUAGUUUGCAAACGCGUGCCUGAAUGUAGACAGAGCUUUCUUUAGCUUUACACAAACAUUAACCUGAACUCCUGUGUAGAUUCUCUUAAUGUGUUAAAGUAUUUAGUGACUUAAGCAAUUAAGAUUUCAAUAAGACUACAGGGAUAUCAAUUAUACCAGGUCAUUGAAUAGCCAAGUACAACGCAAUAAGCCCCAAACUAAAACCAGUUUAAAGCAACCCCGCACGCAUUCCACAGAGCUACCGAGCACCCGUUCCGAGUAUAAAAGUGCAGCAGAGCGCGGUAUACAAAGUUUCUAAACAGCAUUUAGAUCGCAAGCUGUUCGUUGGCAUGCUCAGCAAACAACAAACCGAAGAUGAUGUUAGACAAAUAUUUCAUCCUUUUGGCACUAUAGAGGAGUGCACCAUAUUGCGUGGCCCGGACGGUGCUAGCAAAGGCUGCGCUUUCGUUAAAUUCGGUUCCCAACAGGAGGCUCAAUCAGCAAUAACCAAUUUACACGGAAGCCAAACUAUGCCGGGUGCAUCCUCCAGCCUGGUUGUCAAAUACGCCGACACGGAGAAGGAGCGACAAAUAAGACGCAUGCAGCAAAUGGCCGGUCAUAUGAACCUAUUGAAUCCGUUUGUCUUUAAUCAAUUUGGACCGUACGGCGCCUACGCGCAGCAACAACAGCAAGCGGCUCUGAUGGCUGCCGCGGCAACGGCACCGGGCUCGGCAGCUGCCUAUAUGAAUCCAAUGGCUGCAUUGGCAACGCAAAUACCUCAUGGCCUCAAUGGCACCGGCCAGCCGCCGUCGCUGCCCUCGCCAACGAUGCCCAACUUCAAUAUGGGCGCCAAUACGCCCAAUGGCCAGCCCGGCGGGGCUGCAGCCGCCGCUGCUGCCGCUUCAGUUGCGGACGGUGUCUUCACGAAUGGCAUUCCACAAACGGCAUUCCCACAUCCGCUGCAUCUGACCAUACCACCACAAGGUUUGCCAAAUGGCGAUGCUGCUGCACUGCAACAUGCCUUCCCUGGUUUGCCACCAUUUCCAGGAGUUGCCUUUCCCGCCGUCUAUGGACAGUUUCCACAAGCUUUACCACCUCCCCUAGCGGCGGUUGCACCCACUCAGCGUGAAGAUUUUCUGAUGUUCCCAGGAUGUUCUAUAUCCGGUCCGGAGGGCUGCAAUCUAUUCAUCUAUCAUUUGCCGCAAGAAUUUGGUGAUGCAGAAUUAAUGCAAAUGUUCCUGCCAUUUGGCAAUGUGAUCAGCUCUAAGGUCUUCAUCGAUCGUGCUACAAAUCAGAGCAAAUGUUUCGGUUUUGUUUCAUUUGAUAACCCCACCAGCGCUCAAGCAGCCAUUCAGGCCAUGAAUGGCUUCCAGAUUGGCAUGAAAAGACUGAAAGUUCAAUUGAAGCGGCCAAAGGAUGCCAGUCGACCUUAUUAACAAUCGGAGUUCCUUAAGCGUAACUUACUUCAACAACAACAACAACAACAACUGCAACAACAACAACUGCAACAACAGCAACUGCA